AUGGCAAAACUUCAACUCGCCCUUUCCAUGCUAUGCGCUUCAGUAGUCCUCGCCAGCCCAUUCCUCUCGCCCGAGCUCGAGGACACUUUCGUCAGUCUCAAAGCCAGACAAGAAAAGCUUGAUGAUCGCAAGAACCUUGAAGAGAUCUGUGGGCACGACCCCGACGACGCCAACCCUGAUGUCGCCGAAGAGAUUUGGCGUGUGACGGGCGCUGACAUCACACUCGACAUCAUCGCCUUGGGUAUGUACGACAACUGGGUUCGCAACAUGGACCAAGCUGUCUUUGAUAAGCAACAGUCGGACUCCUGGGACUGCGCCAGUCUUGAUGGGAUUUGUGGAGCUGCCGCCGAUUGCCAUGAGUUCUUCGCGCGUGACCGGCCGGAGUACUAUUGGAUCAUGUCCUCCGUUUCCAAGGCGCACACCGUCCUCAAGACUCUACACACGGAGCUCGAUAGCAGUGUUCUUCUAACCGCACUUAGCCUUGAUCAACUCAAGACAGACUUCGGUGUUACGGACCCCAAAAUCAAUCCAUAUGGCGUUGCUAAUGGUGCUUUUGCUUCGGCAUCUGGUGUCUUCGGAAUGGCGGGACUCAGGAGCCCAAAUCUCGCAAAUCUCGCAGGACCUUACGGCGGAGCCCUUGCGGUGAUUAGUGGUGGUUUUGGAGUAGCCGCGUCCACGUACCAGUCGAGCGACCCCGGAGCAACAAUGGAGGCCAUGUUGGCUGAUUACUUCAAUCAGAGCAGGAACGCACUUGCCGACAUGGCGCGGAACCUGUUCGGGGAAGGCGAUCAAAACAAGCUUCCCGAAGCUGGACAAUCAGGUGAUCGAAACUACUUCCAAUCACCGGUGGGACGAACUUUCAACGAAGGGAAGUUCGUUAUAGCGAGUGUCGACCGUGUAUGGAAAGAUUACAUCAGUGUUGGUAAUAAACUAUUGCAACAAGCACUUGGUACCCGUCUCCUGAGCGAAUUGGGCUACCUUGUCUUCAUCAAUGUCGGUAUUGAGAAGGAAGAAGAUUGCGUAGGUGACGAGAAAAAGUCUAACAUAUGGCACAACGACCUGUGCAUGGGUAUCUACCACGUCCCGGAGAGAAACAAUAUACAGCUGCAACGACAAGACAUCAGGUACAUCAUGCGCCCACUCGACGGUAGUUUGGUGGAUACAAUGACUGGGAAAUACGGAUUCAAUCUCCAGGAUGUUUACUCAAAUGCAAUCGAGUGCAAGAGAGCCCGUCAGGAUGGUGAGCGAGAAGUCAACGCUCAAGACCUUCCUUACGGUGGCGACUGGCCACAGUGUAUGUUCAACAUUGACGUGAUCAAGGGUCGCUGGGAGGGUCAUGAAUGGUUCACGGGAUUUGAGGCGCUAUGA